AUGUAAGCCAUAUUUAUGUAUAUAUUGUAUUACUUUAGACUUGCUUCAUGCUACUAAUGGAACAAUCAUCCUUUCUCGUAAUAACACAUCAUCAGCCUCUUAUUACUAUGGAACUGUUAGAGUCUAUGAUAAUGGAUGGGGCAAUAUAUGUGAUGACUACUAUUUUGAUUCAGCUGAAGCUAAUGUCAUUUGUCAUCAGUUGGGAUACACUGGAGCUUCAAGCUACUCUAGAGCUGGACUAACUAAUUAUGGCACAGACUAUCUUCGAAUGAAAUGGGAUGAUGUCAACUGUGGCAACAGUGACUAUCUUUCCAUCUUUCAGUGUUCUCAUUCUACUAUCAUAAACAGUGGUUGUGUCAAUAGUAACAGUUACGAUGCAACUGUAUAUUGCUAUACCACUAGGAUUUGGGAUAGUAAUCCAUUCUCUGGUAUGAUACGUCUUCAAGAUGGAGAUUAUUCUAAUGAAGGACGUGUUGAGGUUUAUUGUAAUGGACAGUGGGGGACAAUAUGCAGUGAUGGGGUUGAUAGCUAUGAUGCAACUACACUUUGCAAGCAACUUGGUUUUAAGAACUAUUCAAUUUUUUCUGCACUACCUAGUAACUCUAGUCAGCCUAUAUGGAGUGACAGUAUGUACAGUACAUCAUAUGAUUUGUGCUAUGGGUCAAGCAAUAGCUGUCCAAUGAAUUCAGUCACUAACUGCUCUCAUCUUAAUGAUUUGUUUUUGAAAUGCAGUGACACUUCUUCAUUUUCUGUUGUGACCAACACAAAAACAUCAUGCUCACAAGUAUUAGGUGAAAAGUCUACGUUGACAAGACGAACUGUGACUGCUUCAACUUGCAGUCAAUACUAUUCUCAAGCAGCUUCUGGAACUAUCAUUCUAUCUCGUAAUAAUGUGUCUUCAGCCUCUUAUUACUAUGGAAUAGUGAGGGUGUACUAUAAUGGUUGGGGGAACAUUUGUGAUGACAGCUAUUAUAAUUCAGCUGAAGCUAAUGUCAUUUGUCAUCAGUUGGGAUACACUGGAGCUUCAAGCUACUCUAGAGCUGGACUGACUAGUUAUGGUACAGACUAUCUUUCUAUGAAAUGGGAUGAUGUUAACUGUGCCAGUAGCAGCUAUUUAUCUAUUGCUCAAUGUACCUAUUCUACUUACAUUGGGUAUGGCUGUUAUAGUAACAGUUAUGAUGCUACUGUAUACUGCUAUACUACUAGAAUCUGGAACAGUAAUCCAUUCCCUGGUAUGGUACGUCUUCAAAAUGGAGAUUACUCUAAUGAAGGACGUGUUGAGGUUUACUGUAAUGGACAGUGGGGGACAAUAUGCAGUGAUGGGUUUGACUCUACUGAUGCCAACACUCUCUGCAAGCAACUGGGAUAUGAUUUAUCCUCGUACUUUCAUCUUUCAUAUGAUUCAAAUGACAGUUUGCCUUUUUGGACUUCCAACAUGUAUAGUACUGGAUAUGAUUUGUGUUUUAAGGAGCACAACAAUUGUCCCAACACUUCAGUGACUAGUUGUUCCUACUCCAAUAGUAUAUCAAUCCAGUGCACUGAUAAUAGAUACAGUAGACUUGGUAUUAACCAAGAUACUUGUGCUAAAAUUCCUGACUUGCUUCAUGCUACAAAUGGAACAAUCAUCCUUUCUCGUAAUAACACAUCAUCAGCCUUUUAUUACUAUGGAACUGUUAGAGUCUAUGAUAAUGGAUGGGGCAAUAUAUGUGAUGACUCCUAUUUUGAUUCAGCUGAAGCUAAUGUCAUUUGUCAUCAGUUGGGAUACACUGGAGCUUCAAGCUACUCUAGAGCUGGACUAACUAAUUAUGGUACAGACUAUCUUCGAAUGAAAUGGGAUGAUGUCAACUGUGGUAACAGUGACUAUCUUUCUAUCUUUCAGUGUUCUCAUUCUACUAUCAUAGACAGUGGUUGUGUCAAUAGUAACAGUUACGAUGCAACUGUAUAUUGCUAUACCACUAGGAUUUGGGAUAGUAAUCCAUUCUCUGGUAUGAUACGUCUUCAAGAUGGAGAUUAUUCUAAUGAAGGACGUGUUGAGGUUUAUUGUAAUGGACA